CUCCCUGCCUCGUAUUUCUCUCCUCAAUCCGGCAGCGGGACAAACCUGAAAUAGCGGACACGGCCAGUGCGUAUGUUUGCUGCAUGGCUGCACAGCAUCUAGCUGGAUGCAUCGAGGCCAUCAUAGUCAGCGCAUCAGCCCAGAUCUGACUGCGCAUCCGACUCAAUGCAGAGUGUGCUGCAUAUUUGUGACUGUGCUCUCACCUGUCAUGACGUCGCAAGAUCUGAUCGCAAAGUACAGAACAAUGUUCACUGCAGCGUAGAUAGAGUAGGCCUGAUAGAGUAGGCCUGAUGCUAUGGCGCCAAGAACUAAACGCCAGGCACGGAACAAGCAAGCAGACGCUUCUCCCUCACCGCCAGAUUCAGAUAUCGAAGCCGUCAGGGAACGGACACGACGUGCAGCGGGUCACGCACCCCGCAAACCAGCCGCUCGACAGCCUGCUAUUGCUACAGCGGGUCAUGCUGCUGCUACAACUGCUAGAGAGGAGAAUGAAGAUGAGUCUUCCGGGUUGAGUAGUGCACAUGAAGAAGAACCUAUGGAAGAGGUCAAGCCGAUCUUGACGCGUGCCAAGGUACCUAUCCGUCGUGCAGCUGGCAAAGCUGUGGCAACAUCAUCAACACCUGUCCAACGCAAGAAACGCGUGUCAACAGCAAAAGUGCAGGAGAAUGUACCUAAGAAGCGGAAAAAGUUGGAAAGGGCACCCUCACCUGAGGCAGUGGGUCCUGUUCUUGAUCAGAUGGCAGCUGGAUAUGACAGUGCAUCUGAUUCGUCUCAAUCAGAGUCAAUCGCGAGACAGGUGAAGGAUGAAGUGGAUUCUGACGAGGAUGCCUUUGAAGAUGUCGAUCUCAGGGCACCGAAACGCGCUAGUGCCAAGUACGACAAAGACGCCGAUGCGUCUGAUGAAGAGGACCUCGACUUGACCUUGGCGAAAGCUGAAAAAGUCGACUUGUCAAAUGGGAAACCCAAGAAGCGGUCUGGUAUGGAGCAGCAGAUUCGAGCACGCACACAUUAUCUCUCGUUGUUGUGUCAAGUGGCGCAUGGUGCAUGGACGAAUGCAUGGUGUAAUGCACCAGAGCUACAUACAGAGCUGCGCGCCAUGACAAGAAGCAAGAAUGCAAGGCUUGACAAGUUGCUUGCCAAAACGGCACGCGAGAGUGUCGUCGGCAAUGUGGCAUCAGAGACGUUACAUGCCACUUUGGCGAGUGCUGCGAAAUGGUUUCAUUCCCGAUUCAAACGUACACGCCCUGGGCUACGCAAAAAGGGGUAUCGACCUGCUACCUAUUUCGACCCAGAUGGCGAAUACGAGACGUACAAGCGUGCUGUUUUUCAAACUGCAGACAAACCAGACUGGACCACCACUGGCCUAGCACCAGAAUGGGAAGCAUGUGAAACAUUUCCCGAUAAAGCAGCAUUCAUCCAGCAAGCAUCGACAUUACAAGGUUCUCGAGAUUACGGCGCGCAUCUCUUCACUGCGCUGCUACGUGCAUAUCAUUUUCGAUGCCGACACGUCUUUAGUACUCAACCGCUUGGCUUCAAAUUCAAUGAGCGUGAAGAAUGGGUACCAGAAGUCAUUCAACCCAACCAAAAAGUCACGCCUGCAAAACGACCACCUCCUCAGUCACACUCGACGCCGCCGCCGAAACGUAGGCAGGUUCCUGGGAGUGGACGGAGUAGCGAUGCGAUUCGGUUGGAUACGAGUUCCUUGAGCAGUGCACCAGUCUCAGACCGCGAGGAAGAUGAUCCUGACGAGUGUGAAGACGUGUCCACAGGCAACACCAUCGAUGCUGCCUAUGCCACUCCUAUCUUUUGGACAGAAGUAUUUGAUGCGACAGCCGGUACCUGGUUUGCCGUAGACGCUAUGGUCAAUGUCCGAUGCUACGUCGCAGAUAAAGAUCUCAAACUCCUCCAACCCAGGGGAAAAUUCGCUGCAUCGCAAAAACUAGGUAUGGGCUUGGUUGUUGCGUAUGGUGCAGCACACAAUGCAAAAGAUGUCACGUUACGGUAUACGGCGAGUCAAGCACGUCUCAACGACCAUGUCAUGCGAGCGAAUGGUGGGACAUUCACUCGAUUUGAUGCCAAUCGUGUACUUGUACCAUUUCUACGGAGCCAUUUGGCUGAUCCUGCAGAAAGGGCUGAGGAUGCCUUAUUGGCAUUCACGGAGAAGGCACGACCGAAACCGGAUGAGAUGCCGACGACGCUGUCUGGGUUUCAGCGACAUCCGCGAUAUAUGCUUGAGAAACACUUGAGGGAGAAGGAAGCCUUCAAGCCUGGUGCUCAACCCGUUGGUACAUUCAUGGUGGGGAAAGGUGCUAAGCAAGUUGAAGAACGCAUCUUUUUGAGGAGUGAUACGGUGCCUGGCAAGACGGUUGAGAAUUAUCACAAGGAAGGACGUGUCGUCAAGGUGGGUGAGCAGCCUCUCAAAAUGAUUCGACAGCGUGCCAUGACAACAGCACGCAUCAGGGAAUUACAAGAGUAUGAGCGAGAACAUGGUGAACCCAUGAUGCAACCCAUCUACGCAGUGUCACAAACAGAGUAUAUCGUGCCGCCACCGAUUGUGGAUGGUGUGAUUCCCAAAAAUGCAUAUGGUAAUGCAGAUGUGUUUGUACCGAGUAUGGUACCACAAGGUGCAGUCCAUCUACCACACAAGGGCCUCUCUCGCGUUGCCAAGAAGUUUAGCUUUGAUUGGGCCGAAGCAUGCACGGGAUUUUCAUUCAGCAGGAGGGGAGCUGCUCCCGUAAUAGAGGGUGUGUUGGUCGCCGAGGAGCAUGCGGAGGAGUUGAUGCGAGCAUUUGAGGCGGAUGAAGCUGAACGCAUCAAGAAGCAAGAUCUGAUCAGAGAAAAGGCUGCAUUGGGGAGAUGGAAGAAGAUGCUGGCUGGGCUGAGGAUCAAGGCGAGGAUACAGGCGGAGUAUGGGAUGGAUGCUGCUGCUGCUGUCGUGGCUAGGUCUGCGUCUGCUGGGAGCAUGAGUGCAGCCGGGAAGAAGAGCAAGGGCAAGGAGAACAAGGUCAAGACUGAAGCGCAUGAUGCGGAUAAGCCUGAUAGUCGUGGUGGAUAUUGAGGGCUUCGUUUCUUGAAGGUUAUCUCAACGCGUAGAUGUCGACAGCUAAUGCUCUUCUUUGUAAGCAACCCAUCUGAAUGCAGCUACUGUGGUAAUGAGCUGUCCUAUAUUGAGACCAUGAGCGGGAUGAUAAGCCCAGUCCUUCAGCUUCUAGCCUGAUACUGACGGCUGGCAGCGCAUCUUCAUC